UUUGGCUCAUCGUGAGCGCACUGCGCACCGAGUCCCCGAAUUCUCUCGCGCACUAUAGCCCCAAAACCCACUCUCUUCCUCUCUGCAACUCUCUCUAAUCUGUUGUGGAGGCGGAGAAAGAGACAAAUAAGACAAAAAAAUCUACACCUUUCCGUAUAUUUGAAGGAGCGAGUGGGUGCGUGUGUUCGUGCGUGCGUGCGUCCGUCAGAUUAUGGGAAGCACCUUUCUCUCUCCACCAGCGAAGCGUCCGAAUCCCACACUCUACGCAUCGACGACCACCACUGCCGCCACCAAGGCCUUCAUGCCCGACCCGACCCCGUAUCCGGCAAACGGAUCAUCCAAGCGCUCCAAGCACCCACCCCCUCCGCUCUCGGUCCCGCCGGGCCACGCGGCAUUCCGACUCCUCUGCCACGCAUCCCGCAUCGGUGGCGUCAUUGGAAAGUCCGGCCACGUCAUCAAGACCCUCCAGCAGUCCACCGGGGCCAAGAUCCGGAUCGAGGAUGCCCCGAACGAUUCCCCCGACCGGGUAAUCCUCGUCAUCGCCCCCAGCGCUACCACCGCCACUCUCGUCCUUAAGAGCACCACCAAUAGUACCUUCCCAGGAGAGGAAUCCGAAGAAGAACAAAGCGUUGAGGUUUCGAAGGCUCAGGAGGCGCUGGUGAAGGUGUUCGAGAGGAUUCUGGAGGUGGCGGCGGAGAGUGACGGCGGGGAGGUCGGGGUUGGGGUGGUAUCGUGCCGCCUGCUGGUGGAGGUGGCGCAGGUGGGGUCAGUGAUCGGGAAGGGAGGGAAGGUCGUCGAGAAGAUAAGGAAAGAGAGCGGCAGCAAAGUUAGGGUUUUGUCCGACAAGUUGCCGGCCUGCGCACAACCUUCCGACGAGAUUGUCGAGAUAGAAGGGGAAGUUUUGGCUGUAAAGAAAGCACUUAUUGCCAUCUCCCGCCGUCUUCAAGAUUGUACAUCAGUUGAGAAGACGAGGAUUAUUGCAAGCAAACCUGUGGAAGCAGUUCCCCGUGAGACUGUACCUGACCUCCGUUUAGAUCUUGUUACACAGAGGUACUCGGGACUACACACUAUGCCAAGCAGCUCAAUCAAUUAUGCUUCAGGAGCUCAUGCAGUGUCAUUAGAGGUUGAUAGGGCUCCUGCUUUGGAAACGAAAACACUAGGACAGGAAGUUAUUUUUAAAAUUCUUUGUUCAAAUGAUAGGGUUGGAGGUGUUAUUGGAAAGGGGGGUGCCAUCGUCAGGGUUCUUCAAAAUGAUACAGGUGCUGGUAUAAGUGUUGGAGCUUCUAUAGCUAAUUGUGAUGAACGAGUUAUUACCAUUACUGCAUCAGAGAACCCUGAUUCACGAUACUCGCCAACACAGAAGGCAGUUGUUCUUGUUUUCUCUAGGUCUAUAGAGGCCGGCAUUGAGAAGGGGCAAGAUUCAGGCUCAAAUAAGGGGUCACCUGUUACUGCAAGGCUUGUAGUCCCAUCAAAUCAAGUUGGUUGUUUGUUGGGAAAAGGAGGUGCAAUAGUUUCAGAGAUGCGAAAGGUUACAGGUGCUGGCAUACGAAUAAUUGGAGGUGACCAAGUCCCAAAGUGUGUGUCAGAGAAUGAUCAGGUGGUGCAGAUUUCAGGAGAGUUUUCAAAUGUGCAAGAUGCAUUGUAUAAUGUAACUGGUAGACUUCGAGAUAACCUUUUCUCCAGCACACAGAAUAAUCUUGGAACAAGGAGCAGUUCCUCUGUAUUAACCGAUACCAGCCCCUAUGGAAGACUGAGAGAUCCUCCCCCUCUUGGAAGUCAUCCAUCAGUUGGUGUCUCUCAUGGUCUCAGUCGACAUACUACUUUCACUCAGAGUACAGAUCCUUCAGUUGCUGUUUCUCAUAGUCUCAGUCGACAUACUAUAAAUCCAAGUAUAGAUAAUCUUGGAAUUUCCCAUGGUUUUGAUCGUCCUCCUUCUCCAAGGUUUUGGCCAUUGCAGUCAGCAGUUGGAGUAAAUCCAAGAAGCAUCAAUGACGUUGGCAGAGGAAUGACUUCUCUUAAAGGUGGCUUAGAACUUGGCAGUGGAAGCAAAUCUGCUAUUGUGACAAAUACAACUGUCGAGAUCGUAGUUCCUGAUAAUGUGAUUGGCUCUGUAUAUGGGGAGGGUGGUAGCAAUCUGAGUCGUUUGAGACAGAUAUCGGGUGCCAAGGUCAUAGUGCAUGAACCUCUUACCGGAUCAACUGACAGGAUUGUUGUCAUAUCUGGGACACCCGAUGAAACCCAGGCAGCUCAGAGUCUCCUCCAUGCGUUCAUUCUCACUGGAUCAUAACGGGAUGAGAGAUCAUCUUUAUGUAGUUUGUUGCUUGUGUUAGUUGCUUUCCCCCCUCCCCCCCUCGAAAUGUGUACACUAAAGUAGGAAGAUUCAGCUCUUCUGUAUUAUGCCAAUGUUGGCGUUUUGGCAACAGUAUUUUGGCUGUAAUUGUUCACCAGUAUGUUUUGUAGGGACUUAUGAUUUUUAUUUACUGAUUCAUAUUUCAAGAAGGGUUAAGACAAAAA